GUCCUCCCGAGUGCCUUGCGCAAAGACAUUCCUCGGUAUCCUGACCUGACCUGACGGUCUUAUUGUCUUAAUUAUGGACUCGUCGAGGCCACCACCUGCACAGGCCAUGGCCAACCCCAGCUGCUCCGACGAACCUCUGUUCGUUGAUGUUGAGCAGGAUGCUGCCUCUGGUGCAUACACAGAGUUUGCAGACACUCCGGCGCCAGACGCGCCUGUCACCCCUGCCGCAGACAGGUUCGUCCUGAACCGUUCGGCUGAGACAUCGUGCGUUGCUGGCAGUACGUCGUCCAACUCGAUGGGCCUCUCUGUCUCGGUCGACCUGGACGGCCUGGCCAACCUUGGCGCCUCAGAUUAUCACAAGGCGCUCUCGGACAAUGACGCUUCGGCAACGUCGACGUCCUCAGACUCGUCGCUAUCGUUGAGCGCAGAGUCGUCGUCAUCAUCCUCAUCACAUCUCGACCCCGCCUCCCGGCAAGCUUCUGGCUGCAGCACCGACAGCGUCACUUGUGGCGAUGCCGACUCUGUUGACUAUGAAUACGAAUCGGUGCCACAGCUGAUGGUCUCGGCCUCGUUGAUUAGCAGUGUUGCAUCUGGCGUGGCGUCCAAGCCAUCGAGCUCGGUAUCCAGGUCGGGGACCGAGUCGCAAGACUCGGACGAUGACGACGCGUCGAUCUCGAUCUCCUUCUCGCAACGCCUGACUGAGAUCGAUGACGUGUCUGCGGAGAACUCGCUCAAGGCUGUCACAGCACCGGUCGCGCCCGACCUCUCGAUCGCUUCGACCGACUCGUCGAUCACCCACGCACUCAACAUUGGCAUUUCGGUCUCGGGCCGGGUGCCUACCUCGUCAUACCAGUCGCGCGCACAGUCAAUGUUGGGCGCAUCAGCGUGGUCCAACAUCUCGUCGACGGCCAUCUCGCCGUCAACCAAGUCGACAACAUCCUCGUUUGCCGAGACUAUUCGCUCCGCCGGCGGCAAGACGCCGCUCGAGGCAGUCGCUUGGGCAGACCUCACCAUCUCUUACCAGCUCGGCUCAGGCGGCUUUGGCGAGGUAUGGGGCGGGACUUGGGGCGCCACUUCGGUCGCCAUCAAGCGGCUGACGCUGAAGGGCGAUGGUAUCCUCUCCCAGCUCAACGACCUUGUUGCUGAAGCCUCCGUCCUUGCCUCACUCUCACAUCCCAACAUUGUGCAAAUGCUGGCCAUCUGCACAGACACCGCAAAUCCGGCCAUUGUCACCGAGCUCAUGGAGUCGGGAGAUCUUUUUGAAGCUCUCUUUCCGCUCAAGAAGGCUGAUCUUCGCAAAGCGCGCAAGGAGGCUAGGGGGAAGAACCCGACGUCUUCGUCAAGCUCUUCGUCGUCAAAUACUCCCUCCUCAGGUGCGCCUUCGGCAAGUACCCACUCGUCAACCAAGUCGUCCUCGUGUGGCACCUCACAGUCGUCUGGCACGAACAACUCGUCGCACGGCUCAUCGUCGAACAACUCGUGGUCAAACUCGGAGGGAUCGACCGGUAUCGUCCCGGGUCACCUCUCUGACCGUUCCAAGCUCCACAUUCUCCAUGGCGUCUGCUGUGGCAUGGAGUACCUGCAUCGCUGCGGCAUCCUGCAUUGUGAUCUCAAGCCGCGCAACAUCCUGCUCUCGCGGGCGGGAUCGGUGGUCAAGGUUGCCGACUUUGGCCUCGCUCUCACGCUUGCUUCCGGCUCGGUCCGCGGCUUUGCGGGCACACCGCGGUACUCGGCGCCCGAAGUCAUCAUGGGCGACGCCCCGUGCCAAGCUUCGGACGUCUUCUCCUUUGGCAUCCUCCUCUACGAGACCGUCACCCAGCUGCGAGCUUUCCCCAAGAUCUCGCGCAUCAAGAACUGCUACGCGUCGCUCCUGCCCCCAGCCGUCCUCGCUGCUGCCGAGGCUGACGAGAUUGAUGACUCGUUGCCCGAAGUCUACGACUCGCGCCUCUUUCGACUCACGCUCCCGAUCAUCAUCAAGUGCAUCCAACACCAACCGGACUCACGCCCGUCGUUUGCUGAGCUCGCCAGCUCGUUUGACUCGCUCAUCACCCAUCUUGCCACCACUGGCGAGGUCUUUCCAUCGGUCCCUCCGCUGCUUCCCAACGCUGAUGUUGUGGAGCGGCCACGGCUUGUUCGCUCGGUCGUCCGCAGCCUGACAGCAAGGGGUUCAGCUCCGUCUUCGGCAUGCGAUUCGCCCAACAUCAUGAGCAAGGCUCCAUCCAAGACCACGAAGAAGAAGCGCCUCUUAAGGAACUCCGCGGACCGCGAUGUCGUCGUGGCCACCAACAAGUCUACCAGCAGAGACCGCUUGCUAGUCUCGUCUGACUCUUCGCACGCACGCUACUCCUCCCACGGUGUCGUCGCUAUCGGCGGCCCGGGCUCGGGCAAGACCUGGCUUGCCUCCACCAUUGCCCAUGAGCCGGAGGUUGGCGCAAAGUUUCGCGAUGGCAUUCACUGGCUCAGCCUCUCUUCGCUCUCGUCACUCAGUGAUCUCGUCAACUCGCUCGCGCUUGAGCUUAACAUCAAGCUGCGAGCCGAGCAGCUUCAGUCGCUGCGUGCCGCACGUGACGCCAUCUCGUCCCGGCUUGCCGACAAAGCCCUUCUCCUUGUUCUCGACGGUCUGGUCUCAGCAUCGCAACUUGCUCUCUGCCAUGUCCUUGUCGACGCGCCGGACUCGAGGUACCUCGCUACCACCACACCCGACGUGGUCGACAAGCUGGUCGGUUCGAGCCUGCCAGAACUCACAUCGAUUGUCAUUCCGGAGCUCGGGACCAGCGAGGCUCGUGCGCUGUUUGCCAUUCACUCGGGCCUCUCCGCCUCCACGCUUCCCGACGUUACCACCACCAUCAUGACCAAGGUCGCACUCAACGCCGACGCGCUUUGCCGAAUCGGCGACGUCGUGGCCCGACAGUGUGAUGCAGUCUGGACUUUUGCCUCGGACUUUGUCACUGAGGCUGUGCGCGAGGGCAUGACGCCACAGCGUGCUGCUGUCGCACUCGCAGUCCGCUCGCUCCACGCCAUCCGCUACCGCUUCCGAGAACUUGCUGUCUUCCCCGCCGGUAAGCUCUUGCCCGUUGCGCCGCUAGUUGUCCUGUGGCGUUCGGCCGAUGAGCCGCUCUACCCUGUCGACGUCGAGCUCAUUCUCCGCAUGCUCGCCGACAAGGGUAUUUUCCACCUGGCGUACCCUUCGGCCAUAGACCCGAACACCGUGGCGUGGAUGCUCACGCCACCGGCAGCUGACCUCCUGGCCUGGCGCGAGGCGACGUCGCAGCAGGCCGAGGUCGCCGGCCACACUCGGAUCCUGCGCGCGUACACGGCGACGCUGGCUGACCCGUUCUCGGCCAACGUCCUCUCGUUUGCCGAGUGGCGGACCGGGCCUGUCGCCACCGACGCGUACUACCGACAGAACCUGGUGCGGCACCUGCUUGCCGCGGGCCAGAUCACCGCCGCUGUCAACCUCGUUGUCUCGUACUACUGGUACCGCGACGUGACCCGUGCCGAGCGCGACGACGACCCUUGGUUCUGUGCAGGCUCGGAUCCCAUCGCGCAGUACCUUGACGACCUCUCGCAGGUUAUCAAGGCGUUGAGUGACCCAGCCAUUGCCGCCAUCCACAUGUCGAGCUCCUCUGGCUCAGAAUCUGGUACUCCCGUAGAUGCCUCGCUCCUUCCGUGGCUCGCCGAGGCCGAUCGUGGUGCGGCGACCCAAGAGCUGAGCAAACGGCUGGCUGCGACAAGCGACCUUGCUGACCUUACCAAGCUCCGUGAGCUGCUCAACCUUUCGCGCGGCUCGCUCAAGUCGCUCCCGAGUAUGGUUUACUUUCAGCUGCUUGGCCGCAUGUGGCCGGUUCCUUCGCCCGACGACGUCUCGCCAGUUGUCAUGAAGUUUAUCAAUGACGCACUUGAGCACAAGUCCCGCGCCGAGAUGAUGUACGUUCCGCGCUCGGGCUUGCUUGUCGCCCACGGCGGCGGCCUCCGGGCUGCAAUCCGCAGCCAUCCGCACCGCAUUGUGGCCAUGGUUGCGGUGGGCAACUCGUACGCCGUCUCGCUCUGCGAGUCGUGCAUGUGCGUGUGGGACGUGGUCGCCGGCACAUGGGCCGAGCAUGCCGUCGAUCGGUUUGUCCCGACCUCGUUCCUCGACGACAACGGAUGCGGCUCGUCUGCCAGCUCACCGCUUGUCUCGCCCUUUCCAUCAUCGACAAGCAACCCGUUUGCUCCUAUCGACUCGGACGGCUCGUCGCACUCUCACGAGACUGACAAUGGGGGCGGACUGAAGUCUGCAGCGUCGGCAGCGACCUCUUGGUCCACGCGAGUUCUCAUCGCUUCGGCCGGCGAGUACUUUGCGGUGGUCACCCCGUUAGCCGCCCGCAUUUACACCCUUUGCCAAACGCCGUCGGUCGACGAACCGUUUGACGACCACGCUUCUUUUAUGCGUGCAGAGCAGACCGAGGCCGUCGGCGCCGCGAUCAUUAUGAUCGGCAGCGUCCCGCAUCUGGUCGUCCUCACCAACGAGCCGGCACCGGCUGUCGUGCCGCAAUCGCUUGUCGACGGCGCCGACGUCGGCGCCAGCCCUGUCUUACUGGACAACGCCAUCGAGUACGACAGGCUGGUCACGGCGGCAGCCGCGCCGCUCGCCGCCAUUUCGACGAGCACGGGCGUGAUCACCGUGGUCGACUUUUCGUCCAACUUGAUCCUCUUCCACGCCGCGGUUCCGCUCUCCGACGAGGACAAUGGCCGCCAAACCGCGGUCACUGCGGUGGCUGUCUCACACCUCGUGCUGGUGGUCGCCACCGACUUUGGCAUCUACAUUUGGUCGGAGUCGGAGCUCCAUCGGGCACACGGCGCGUCGAUGCUUGCCAAGCACGCGACAAGCGUCGAGGUGGACCGACAAGGGACGGCGCGACUCGACGCGUGCGCACCGACGGCCUCUGUACCUAUCACUGACGUAUCAUCGCUCUAUGCUAUUCCCGAGUCGAUGAAUGUGGUGGUCGGGCGGGCAAACGGCGAGCUGGUGGUGGUUUCGGCGAUUUCGGGCCGUAUGCUCGGUGCGCUCGAUCUCCACUCACCGUCCUCGGUGACGAGCAUGACCGCGGUCACGUACCAGAACGCCGAACUACUGGUGAGUGGUGACGCCGACGGGCUCGUGUGUGUGUGGAACGUCGCCAACGUCCUCACCCAGCUCGGGGCAUCGGGACGGGCAGCGUCGGCCUCGUCGCGCGGCCUCGCACACCGAUCAGAGAUUACGGCCCUGACUGCCCACGGCGAGAUGAAUCUGGUCAUUACCGGCUCGGGCGAUCGUACCAUCAACGUGUGUGACACCCAGUCGGGAGCAGUGCUUGAUAUCCUGCUCGGCCACGACGCAGCGGUUGUGGCGCUGAUGUGGAGUAAGGAGAAGGUGGCCGAUGGCGCCAUGCUAAUGAGCGUCGAUCGGGGCGGCAGCGUGUGCAGCUGGCACGUCUCUCGCAGUGGUUCGCAGCGCCUCUCGCGCGGCAAGGUCCCGUUUGCGGCCGAGAUCUCGACUGCUGCGCUAAGCAACCGCGGCAUCAUGUACCUUGGCUAUGAGUCGCCCGAUGCAGUCGUCGGGUACUCGGUCCAACCUGGCGCCACUCGUUCCAACCUCAGCAUCAAGGCCGUCUCGCACUUGCGCGACGUGUCAGGCGCCGUCUUGGUAUGCAAGCACGGGUACGUGGCUGCGCGCGGAACAGCACCGUACAACGCUACGGUCUCGAUGUUCUCGGCCAAGCGUCAUGUGCUUGUCUCGGAGCUCAGCGACGUCCACUUUGGCAUGGUGACCUCGAUCGACAUCUUCCAAGUGGUGAAGCGGGUGCUUGUCGCCACAGGUGGUGCUGAUCAGUCGGUGGCUGUGUGGGACGCCGUGACGGGCACCUCGCUUGUCCGAGUCGCGAUCAAGCUUGGCAGCAUAACCUCGCUUCGCCUGUUUGCUCUCGAACACUCCAGCUCGCUGCAGUUGGUGCUCAAUUCCAGCGGCCGUCGGCCGUCGGUGGUUGUACUCGCACUACGGUCGGCGACGCCAUCGGCCGCCAAGGGCAAGGACAAGGGCAAGGGCAAGGGCAAGAUCAAAGGCAAGGGCAAGGGCAAGGGCAAGGGCAAGGUCAAUGGUGACACGCUGGAAGACAUAGCUGAGGCGACGUCUCUCCGACUCUACGCCAAGCGCAUGCACCGGCUUGACGAGCCGGCUGACCGCCUGUAUGUCGCCACGGAAGGGACCAGUAUCGUGUUUACCAUUUCCAACAAGACCUCCUACCACCGGAUGGUCUCGCUGGCGUCGAUCCGAGCCAAGACAGCAGCAUUCAACGCCGAACACAGCGAUAGCGACGGCCUUUCCAUCCUGGAGUGGUUCUGGAACGACGUACGGAAAACCGACUCGGCGCGGUUGUCGGUGGCAGCGGCCAAGGUCGAUGCUACGCAGCUGCUCGCCGAGUCGCGGGCGUUCCGGAUCGUGGAGCAUGCCGAGCUUGGGUUGUACCUCUCUCGUGAGCCUGUGGCGCUGAGAAUUCUGGCUGCAAACGCGGUCUCGCUGGUGGUGGUUUCGGGAGUUGUAUUUGUAUGGGUUGGCCCAGAGGUGUCGCGGACGCUGUAUGCGCAGGCAGCAGCCCUGGCGCGCGAGCUUUGCCUCGACGAGGACUUUAGCGGAGUGCGGUCGCGGCCGUACUUCCUCGCACCGCCGCAGCUCAAGUUUGUAACGUCGGACGCGGUCGAGCCGUUCUGCACCCAGCCACCGUACGAUCGGCUGUGGCAAAUCCUGGCGGCGGCGGACGCAUCUGACGACUGGCGCUCAAGCCUGGCAACUCACAUCGCCGACGUGCUUGCGCCUGUCGACGCUGACGCGCUCGCACGCGACAUGCGCGGCGUGCUGAGCAUCAAGGAGCUAGUCUUGUUUGGCAACAACGGCGAUCUCGUGCUGGAGGACGUCUCGCAAGGCAAGUUCCACCUGAGCAUGCUGGCGUCGGACAAGGCGUAUAUGGUCUCGACGGCGACGGCACUUUGGCUCUGGUUGGGCGACGCAGCGCCGACUGAAAUCCGCGCCCGGGUUGUGGUUGUCUCGCGCCGAAUUGCUGACGCUAUGGAGCACUCGGUCGACGCCGCCCAGGAGGCGGGCUCGCUCCUGGAGAGCUUUGGCUGCAACAGGCGUCUGGCAUGGCGCGACGUGCGGUUUGCCUUUGAGGGACGCGAGCCGCUUAUGAUGCGGCUGGCGCUGACGUAAACUAUUCCGGAACCUAACCCUUAACGGCACGGUCGUUCGGACGCGUUGUCGCGCGUCUCAAAGUGAACAACUCGAUGAUGCUUUGAUGUCCCGGUCACCGG